AUGUCGGCUCAGAACUCUGCGGGGAUCCAGACGCUUCUCGAUGCCGAGCGGGAAGCGUCCAAGAUUGUCCAGAAAGCCCGCGAAUCGAACAACCAAGCCAACCGUCAUCCCGCCACUAUAGUCCGCACAAAGCGCGUCAAGGAGGCCCGUGACGAGGCCAAGAAAGAGAUAGCCGACUACAAGGCCAAGAAGGACGGCGAGUUUAAGAAGUUUGAGGCCGAGCACAGCAAGGGCGACAAGGAGGCCGAGGCCGAGGCCGCCAAGGACGCAGAGAAGCAGAUCAAAACCAUCAAGGAGGCGGGCCAGAAGAACAAGAACGCCGUGGUUAAGAACCUCAUGAGCGCCGUCUUCGACGUCAAGCCCGUGGCGCCAUCGGCGGCUUGA